AUGCAAUAUACUGUCUACGGCUACGAGGGCAACCCCCGCACCCGCAUCAUCCGCAUUGUGGCUGCCCUUGAGGGGAUUCCUCUGCAUCUCUCAACUGUAGUCCCUCGGAUGUAUGUGAACACGGAUGAAUACAUUUCUGAGUUCCCCCUGAGCCGAGGCAAGGUCCCUGCAUUGAAGGGCCCUGACGUGAAAAUCACGGAGGUCAUCGCAAUUACAACUUACCUCGCUAGGAUCCAAAACCAAGCGAAGCUCCUGGGAGAUGGCUCCCACAAGCAAGUCGCAGAGGUUAUGUCUUGGGUGAGCUGGGCAAACCAAGAGAUGCUGGGUACUCUGGCUUCAUGGUUUUUGCCUUUGAUUCCGAAUAUGAAGAAGCCGGCCCCGUACGAUGCGCAGGCUGUUGACAACGGCAAGAUUGCAUCCAACCACCUUCUUGGUCUUCUCGAAAACGCCCUGGAGUCCAAGAAUCACCUCGUUGGCGAGUCAGCCACGAUUGCCGAUCUCUUUGUGGCGAUGUACCUCGCCCGAGGUAUGGAGUGGGUCCUGGAUGCCGACUGGCGCACUUCGCACCCAAACAUCAUGAGAUACUUCAACGGUAUCACAUCCAUUGACCAGUGGAAGACUGUCAUCCCGCAGAUGAAAAUGAUAGAGAAGGAGACUCCAAACAAAGACCCAUAUGCACAGGAGUGA